UUCUGUUGGUUCUCAUGAUAAAAUGGAGAGUACGACUGAAGAAGAGUUCGGUAUUCUUCGUUCUAUUUUCGGAGACGAAGUUUCCAUAUUGGAGUCGGAUCCCUGUCAAGUGUCCAUGCAGUUAACACCAUCUACUGCCGAUGACGCUUCUAAGAAACAUGUGUGCAUGUCCGUCAUUUUCACAAUCCCAGCUACGUACCCUCACGAAAAACCAAUUGUAACGUUUAAGAAUGUUAGAGGUUUGAGUCAAACGUUGGAAUCGGAUUUGGUGGAAAAGUUAGGCGUUCUUAUGGAGGCUAGAUUAGGAAGUGCAAUGCUGUUUGAUGCGAUUGAUUUUAUCAAGGACUUUCUGACUGCGAAUAAUCACCCCAGUGUAGAAUGUGCCAUAUGUCUUGAGGCUAUGAACAGUGAUUCGGCGUUCAUUAAGACGACCUGCUUUCACUAUUUUCACCCCUGGUGUCUGUCACAGUACCUGAAGAGUACUCAGCAAGUAGAACGGGAUGAAAAUACGGACCCAGAGACAGUCGAAAAGACAGCAAAUGCAUGCCCCAUUUGCAGAACUCAGCUGGAACUGACGGUGGAACAUCUGGACUCCUUCGAAAAACCAGAAGAAACUAACGAUGGAAGUCAGGGUGCUGCUGCGCCAAUACAGCUAGGCGAGGAGUUUCGCAAAUUCCAACAACAAAUGCAACAACUGCUCGAGAAGCAGAAAGAACAAGGUGGCAUAAUAGACCCUUCGUCCUCUACUAACGUUGUGAUUGACGUCUCCAGUGCCAGUAAAAAGUCCUCGAACCAUUCCAGCGACUCGAGCAACCAGCCGAGUACUUCAACUAUCGGCGGAGAACUGUCAAAUGAGGAAUUGAAAGGUCCGAAUACUCUUCAUUCUGACGAAGCACAGGACUUCAUAGCUGCGGUUCCCAGCCAAACAGGUCCAGAGCUGAAAGUUGGCUCUUUUGUCAGCAGACGAGGGUACACGAAGAACCUGAAUUCGUCUUAUCCACUCAACAGUACAUUCCGAAAAAGCACAUCGAAAGAGAUCAAUCCUGAUUUCAGACCCAGAAAUCUGAGCGCUAGUUACAGCGUGGGAUCAAGUGAACCACCGGCCCCAAGAAUUGACCAUAAGUACCACGAUGGUCGUUGGAGGCCAAGAAAGAAGCAUGAUUUUGAAAUUCGGGCCGAGUUGCUUGAAAAAUCGAGGUCACUGGACGAGCAGAACUUGGCUGCUGAAAUUCAAGAAGAGGCUGAAAGUUCCGUUGUUGCGGAAACUUCAGUAAAAGCUAGUAAUUCUGCCGAUCAAGUUCCGCGGCCGUCCGCUAGUGCAAGCAACAGCAGCGUUGCAACGGGUUCUUCAAAACAAGGCAGUAAAGACAGCAUUCAAAGCAGCAUAGUUGAAUUUAGAAACGAUCAUUCAAACUUGCAACAUACAGUUUCAAGUCCAGGCCCUAUUGCAGAGAGAACGAUGUCCGGUCAAGGUCACGUUUCUCCUCGAACUGAUCCGAUGAGUCAACCUAUCACUCGGAGAGUUAAAAAGAAACCCCCACUCAGUGUUACAGCGAAGUCGAACUUCUCUGGAAACUUGAGCCAUACUUACUCGGAAAGCGACUACUAUAGUAAUUACGGCUACGACUACAGAGGUGGAUCGGAACAUUGGUACUAUGGCAAUGGAAGUGGAAACAGCUCGGAAGGAUUUUACGGUGGUAAUAACCCUGAAAUCUACAGGAACAGACAUUCGUAUCACGGCAAUAACAAAAGAGGCAAAACUGGAUACCAGGGGCGUAAAGGUCACAACAGCUCAGGGCAAUACUAUUACGUGGAUCACAGUGGGUAUUUCGAUGCAACCACUAGCUACGAUUGGGAGCGUUGGAGAGCCAGUGGAAGUUACUCGGCUCAGCCAUCGCCCAAAAUAUCUCCGAGAGGCGCUCUGAAAGUGAGACCUGUGAGCUCCAAUGAACAUGAGAGCUUCGAGGAAAGUUCACCAGACUAUGUAAUGAGUUCAUCAAUAUACUCUAGUUAUUCUGGACCGAAAGGUGCCGUGAGUAGGCCUAGAAAUGGAUCUCUGGGAACCUUCAUGAUGGCUCCGAACUCACCGAUGUUGCAACCGAUGCCAGUGCUUCCGGUUCCAUCGAGUGCAGAAUCGGGAGGCACCGAGCACAGCGAUAGUGUGUUCACGUACUACAACGGACCUGCAUCGGCAUCCGCAACAGCUCCUCCCGGAUUUGCGUACCCCAUGUUUUAGUACACCUGCAUUUCUUCAAACAGCGGCACAACAUAUAGCUCCAGAAACGAAACUAGUCACCACUCAACAUAGAAUUGUUUAGCCCCCCGCUUACGCGCCAAAUUUCCUACCUCCAUCUUUAGUUCUCUAUUUUUGUUUUCCUCUUCAUAUUUCAAACUCUACUGUUACUAGCCUCGCCUCCUCGCCAUGUUUUAUGUUUGACAACUGAUUAUUAACCUAGUGUGCACGAAAGCAGCUUUUUAGUUUGCCGCGUUAGUUUUUCAUCGGACCAUUUAUGUACAAAGGUAACGAGAAAUGUGAAAAUCAUUAUAGCAGUAACAGCUCCGGUUUUGUUUCAAAACUCGAUUUUGGUUUAUGUCAUAAUUUUGUCUUAUUUGUCUUAAUGUCAUAAAUGUACGAUGUUCGUGUUUUGGUUGGAAUGGUGUUCUUAUUUAGUUAAAAUUAUGGGUCUUUUCGUUUCUACA